CCAUUUUAAUCUUCUUUGUUUUUGAGAUACCAACAAGCGCCUGUAGCUCAGUGGAUAGAGCGUCUGUUUCCUAAGCAGAAAGUCGUAGCUCCAGAUUCUCAUGUUCUCAUGUGAGGCCACCUGCAGCUACAAAGCCGCCACCACCACCUGCAAGUGCAGAGACAUAAUUUUUUUUUCCAUAAGAAGCUGAGUUUUCUUUGCAACAAUGGGUAUGAUGAAGAUAUAUGGAAUUCCAAAGUCUUGCGCAACCGCCUGCGUGAUGACAUGCCUAGGCGAGAAAGUAAUCGAGGAGUAUGAGCUUGUCCAUGUCGAUCUACCCAAAGGAGAACACAAAUCCUCCACUCACCUCGCUAAAAAUCCUUUUGGGAAGGUUCCCGUCUUGGAAGAUGGCUCCCUCACACUUUUUGAAUCUCGAGCAAUCACCGGGUAUUUGUGCCGCAAGUACAGGUCCGGUACGGACCUUCUUAGGUAUGACAGUGUCGAAGAAGGAGCACUGGUUGGGGUGUGGUUAGAAGUAGAGUCACAACAAUUCAACGCUGCUAUUUAUCCGAUAAUGUUUGAGAAGCUAAUGAAACCUUUCCUUGGCCUAACUCCCGAUCAAUCAGUCGUUGAUGAAUACCUCUUGAAACUGGGUUCGGUACUUGAUAUAUAUGAAGAGAGGUUGAGCAAUUCAAAAUACUUGGCAUGUGAUUUUUUCACCCUUGCUGAUCUGCACCACCUUCCUUACAUUCACUACUUCAUAAAGAGGACCCCAUAUGGUGAUUUGAUCACUUCCAGGGCUCAUGUUAAGGCGUGGUGGGAAGAUAUUUCAGCUAGACCAUCUUUUGUCAAAGUUGCUCAACAAAUGGAUGCUAGACCAAUCCUUAAUUGAGUGACCGUGUUGUACUUGUGUUACAGUAAUAAGUAAUGUUGUUUUGGUGUGUGAUGAUUACAUACUAUUCGAUUAUAUUGUGAGAAAGGAAUUCAAAUUUUGUUUUAUUUUGGGAAAAUCUAUCAAAAUUGCCCUUCAAAACCGUAAUAUAGUUCAUGUCAUAAAUGAAUUUUGAGACUAACAUCUUUAUUUUAACUCUACUCUACUUCAACAGUCAGGACUGUGUUGUUUUAUACGAAUUG